GACAACGGCACAUUUGGCUACUACCCGACGCGCAGCUAUAUCACAGCAGAAGGCGUGAACUCACCACAAACCAACUUCCUGCAAUGGCAUCCGAGGUGCAAUGAUGGAUCGUUAUACUUCAUCACUCCACGAGGAUGGGGAAUUCCAAACCCUGGACCUAUGCUGCUGGACGAGAGAGGAAACCUUGUCUGGGCAAAGCACUUCGAUAACAAGUUCGGUGGUCAGGCAUAUGAUUUCAUGGUGCAGCGAUACCAGGGAGAAGAUUAUCUGACCUUUUGGCUUGGUGAUGAUCGCGUCCGCGGACAUGGCUCGGGAUUCUAUUACAUGCUCAAUGCUUCAUACGACAUUGUGCAUCGCGUAGGAGCCGCAGGCGGCCUUUCUGCAGAUCUCCACGAGUUUCUAAUCACCAACCAAGGCACCGCCCUGAUGACCAUGUACGAAAUCACCGAACAUGACGUGACAACAUUUCCAGGUUACGAGCCUGAUCCCGAGCGGCCUGACGAUCCGACGUACAUCUGGGAUUGCCUUUUCCAAGAGAUCAGCAUCGAUACUGGCGACCUGGUAUACCAAUGGCGAGCAUCAGAACAUAUCGAUAUUACAGCAACUUAUCGAGGCAUAGGGCCUGGCGGCUCACGAAAUGACCCGUUUGACUGGUUUCACCUAAACAGCAUUGAGAAAGAUGAUCUCGGUAACUACCUGAUCUCUGCCAGAUAUCCUCACAGCAUUGCCUAUAUCGAUGGCAAGACCAGCGAGACCAUUUGGACUCUGGGAGGGAAGCUUAACGAUUUUAUGGAUUUGAGCGGUGGCAACGCAACCAACUUCGCAUGGCAGCAUGAUGCGAGAUUUCUGCCUGUCGACACAUUCCCGAAUAUGUAUACGCCGCCACGAGAACGCGACGGAUACGUUACGAAGUUGAUCACACUCUUUGAUAAUGCCGCCGAAGAUCAGCACUACGAAUAUGGCAUGCCCUUAUCUCGAGGAUUACUGCUGGAGGUCACGUUCCCGACCGAAUCGACUAGGACCACGCGGCAAUCAGGAUCGUACGAGAACCCACAGAACGUACGGUCGUCAUCCCAAGGCUCAAUGCAGAUAUUGCCUCAAGGCCCAGGACAGGAUCCCAAGGUCUUCGUUGGUUUUGGGCUCAAUGCGGUCUGGACAGAAUUCGAUGCCGAUGGUACCGUUCUGUGCGACGUGCACUACGGAGCGACUACUUCUUGGGAGCGAGGCGACAUUCAAAGUUACCGAUCCUACAAAUUUCCGUGGGUUGGCAUGCCUGAAGUGCCUCCUGCAGUCGAUAUCAGCGACGAUGACGCAGAGAUUUACGUUUCAUGGAACGGCGCCACCGAGGUCGCCAAAUGGGUCUUGCAAUGCUCAGAAAGAAAUACAGAAGAUGAGAAACCAUGGGAAGAUCUCGUCGUGGCGCGCAAAGAAGACUUCGAAGCCUCUAUAUUACUGCCGGACGCUGUUGGAGAUUCACGAUACCUGCGGGUAAUCGCCUUGGACGAAAAAGGACGACGUCUGCCAUACGGUACCAGCCGUGUCAUCGAUCGGGGUGUG